AUGUCGAACUUCUUCGACAACAAAGCCCGGGCUGCUGCCGCCAAAACUGACACUAAGCCAAAAGCAUCGUCAGAACAUACACUCGCUGCAAGAGCACAACCUUGGGUCGAGAAAUACCGGCCGAAAACUCUGGACGAGGUCAAAAGCCAAGAACAUGCCACCGAAACUCUUCGACGCAUGGUAAACGCCAACAAUCUCCCUCAUUUGCUGCUCUACGGACCCCCAGGCUCAGGCAAGACAUCCGCAAUCCUUGCACUUUGCCGAGAACUCUUCGGGCCAGAAUUGUACUCCAGUCGAGUCCUAGAGCUCAAUGCCUCCGAUGAGCGGUCGAUUACGGUUGUUCGGGAACGUAUCAAGACAUUUGCUGCUUUGCACCUGGUCAACGCCCCUGCCUCCAAAGAAUACAGAGAGCGUUACCCCUGUCCCACUUUCAAGGUUAUCGUCCUUGAUGAGGCAGAUCAAUUGUCUCAAGACGCUCAAGGUGCCCUCCGCCGUGUGAUUGAGAUUCACUCUAAAAUCACGAGAUUUGCUCUGUGCUGCAAUUACGUGAGCCGUGUCAUCGCUCCGCUCGCAAGUCGUUGCUCCAAGUUUCGGUUCAAGGCACUUGAAGGGCCACAAGCCGUAGGUCGAGUGGCAGACAUACUAAAGGCCGAGAAAGUGAGCUAUGAUGAGGGAGUCAUCGAGAGGUCUCUGAAGGUCUCUGAUGGCGAUCUUCGUCGUGCCAUCAAUUUACUGCAGAGUGCAGCUCGUCUCGUUGGCGUUGGAAUUGCUCCCUCAAAUGGACACGCGUCAAAGACUGUCCUAGACGAUUCUGAUGAGGAGAUGGACGAUGGCGAUGCGAGCAAGCCAGCGACACGGGCUAUCAGUAUCAAAGUCUCCGACAUCGAUGAGAUUAGUGGUGUCUUUCCAGUUGGAAUGACUGAUCAUCUGUUGAAGGCAUUGCAGAAGGGCAACACACGUAAUUACAACACCAUCGCAAAGGAGAUCGCCGACAUCACCGCCUCAGGAUAUUCAGCCAAUGAAGUGCUUCUGAGUCUCUACAAUAAGAUAAUCUUCGACGAGCUGGUCGACAAUAAGAAGAAAUACAAAAUGACGCAGAUUUUCUCAGACUUCGACCGCCGUCUUAUUGAUGGUGUUGAUGAGCAGCUUGCAGUGCUUGAUUUGUCCUGCCAGAUUGCGGGAAUCUUGGCGAAGUGA